UCUCCUGAACUCCGAAGAAAAUCGGCUAGCAGUAUGCCUCCGAGCGACAAGUCGGCGGAUAGUAGCGAUUUGGAUUCAGUCCACUCGUUGCCGGUUACGUCGAACACCUCGAAGCACAAUUUGUCCAAAGUCGCAAUAUCGUCGGGCGGCACUCCGCAGGCGAGUUACGCGGACAUAGCGCGCAUGGCUACUAUCAACAUGUCACACAUGUCGCACAACCUGACCAUGUCCGCCAUACUAAACACGUCAACGUGGCCGAGUGUUCCGCCUAAGACCCUCUCGGAACCGGAUAAAGUGCCUCAGGAUUACUAUCCGAGUCUAGACGAGCUGCAGCAUCCGGACAGGAAAGCGAGGCAGCAGCAGGCUCAGUCGAACCAUGCAGCAGCGAGUUUGGGUCUGGCUUUCGAAAAACCACUUUCGCCGACCCUGGCGAAGAUGAAGAAUUCGUCAGACCGAAAGAAAGCCGAAGCUCAGGAAGAGGCCAUCAAUAAGAACAUCCAGGUGUUUAAAUAUGUGCAAGAAAUCGAGAAGAUGCACGAAAGCCUAACGCAAGCGAACACGGAAAACAAGGAGCAGAAGAGCGCGACUUGUAGUAAUUACAGCCCAAAUUCAAACGAGACUACCGCGACGAACGCCGUAACGCCAAGAUAUAAUAAUAAUAGUACAACGAUGAAUUACAAUCCAGUCGAUAUCGAUAACAAUCAUAAUUGCACCGUCAACAAGGAUUCUGCUACGCUUCCACGAGCCAACAAUCCUCGCUCUCGUAGGAAUUACGUACACAGUAAUCCAAUUGUACAACCUCAGGGAUCCCACGAAGAACAACACGUUAAAAAGCCCUCUUAUCACGAGGAGGCAAUUAAAAAAUCGCAUAGUAUCGACAUCCCGCAAUCCGAGAGCAGGACUAAUAACCCAACAAUCGCGUUGCACGAUGCAGACGCGCAGAAGUUGAAGACCACGAAACCUCCGCAGGACUCGCAGAGCGUCGAACCUGAAUCCGGCAGUAAGACGACCAGUGGUGGCGAUCCUCCGAGGACAGUUAGGGUUACGAAGGAGUAUCAGAGCACCGCGAUAAAGCACGAUGCGACGAAAGUCGGAGUCUGCCAGCCGCAAGGCUCGAAGCAAGAUAAUCAGCAGCGCGACGACAGCGCGGAGAGCAAGAAGGCGAAGUCGCAGAACGCGCAGCCCGAUAAAGACCAGUCGCACAGGUCGUCCGCGGAGGCGCAGCAGAAGAGUUCGACACCCAGACCCGCGGUGAUCCUGCUGGACGAGACCUCCUCGGACAUCGCGAAGAACAACAAUCUGCCGACGGAGCUCACGUUCGGCUUCGAGAUAAACGAGCUGCUGCUUUCGGAGGACAACGGCAACGAGGAAACCCCGACGAUCGCGCCAUCGAAUCCCGUUUUUUCCCCGGCCGUACCGCCGCCGCUCGUCAACAAGCCGCCGCCCGGCAACAAUUUCGAGAGGAAUCCGCCGUUGUUCGCCGAGAAACCCGUGCGAUACGACAAGUUCUCCUCGAAUUAUCACAUGCAGCAGCCGAACGCUCAUCCCGUGGCACCGGCGAACGCCCAUCCCGUGCAUCCGGUCAUGGUGCAACCGUUGCCGUACAUGAGCUAUCCCGCCACCAGAUUCGCGCCGCCCACAUAUCUGCCACCGCCGCCCCCGCCGCCGCCCGGGAUCAUGGAAAAGUUUCAUCCGCCUAAGGAGGAUUUCUCGAUGCUUUACGUAGCGCCCGAGGAAGAGCUGAACGUGCAGACGUACAACCAUGAUAAGAUCGUGUCGUUCGUUGGCUUAG